GGAGCUCCAAAGGGGCGUGUCCUACCUACCCACACGUAGCUGUGGGCAUGACAAGCGCAUUAUACCCGUUAGACUGAGCUUUUUGUUGAUAAAUGACCUGAAACAAAGUAUAUUCACGUAUAAUUUUGUAUCCUUCGUAAUUUAUUGAAAGCGGAACCUUUGCUUGUCUUUGUUUCUUGUCGAGCGCUCCAGUCCGACGCAUUGAAACGAGCACCCGAAACCAUAAUAGCACAAUCGAAUACUUCGCUUUUGAGUUCCUGAUGAUACAAGUGACUUUUUUAUAGUCAUUUGUUGUUCAAGAUGUUGUUUAGUUGUCUUUGGUGUGUUGGUUUGUUGUCGGUGAUCACGGCGGCGGCAGAAGAAAAUGACGUCAUGGUGGCCAUCCCCGGGGGGAGGAUGACGACGAGGAGGAGCUACGGGAGGGCUGAAGAUGAAGAGACCGAGAUUCAACUUCUGCCUUUUCUGUUGGACAAACAGCCCGUCACUAACUCAGCUUUCAGAGACUUCGUGAGGGACCAAAAGUACAAAACAGAAGCUGAGACGUUUGGUUGGAGUUUUGUCUUCCAGGAUUUUGUGUCUGAAGACCUCAAGGGCAAAGUAACGCACACCAUUAAGUCAGCUCCGUGGUGGCUUCCGGUUGAACGAGCCUUCUGGAGCCUUCAGGUGCCGGUUCUGGUAUCGCUGCUCGUCUGGACUUCCCGGUGGUCCAGGUUAGCUGGAAUGACGCUCAGGCCUUCUGCAGCUGGAAGAGGAAAAAGCUGCCCACAGAGGACCAGUGGGAGUGGGCGGCCAGAGGCGGACUCGCGCGCGCGACGUUUCCCUGGGGGGAGCGCUUCCGGGCCAAUAGGAGCAACCUGUGGCAGGGCCCGUUUCCGGACGGCGACACGGCGGAGGACGGAUAUCACGGCCUCGCUCCCGUCGACGCCUUCCCGCCGCAGAACGACUUCGGUAAGGAGGGACGCAGACGACGGUGAUGACGAAAAUGACGACGAUGUCCCGUGCCUGCAGGACUGUGGGACAUGUUGGGCAACACGUGGGAGUGGACGUCCAGCGUGUUUCCGGCGUCGGGGGGCUCACGUCAGCAAAUGUUCACGCUGCGCGGCGCCUCCUGGAUCGACACGGCCGACGGCUCGGCCAAUCACAGAGCGGAAGUCGCCGCCAGGAUGGGCAACACUCCCGACUCUGCCUCGGACAACCUGAGCUUCAGGUGCGCCUCCGACGGCCGCGAGCGGGAACGGCACGCGGACUUGUAAACGACGACGAGACCCAGAAGACGACGAAGAACGACAACGUUGAAACGUUUCAGUGCUGAGCAGACGAUUAAAAAAAUGUGACCAAGUUCUAUGUGAUUUGAAAGUUGCUGACUCGACCAAGAGGAAGCCGAGUACGAGUUAAAGACUCGUACUCGUGCGUGUCACCGGGAGGACCGGCGGCGGAAAAGCAAAGUUGAAAGCUUUCACCCCCGCACGAUGGGAACGGUACGAACCGGCCGCCGGUUUGAAACUUGAAGACGACACUUCAGUCUUAUUUGCAUUUGUGCACAAACGCGCACUGAAUGUUUGUCAUGACAAGAAAUGUUAAUUUACAUUUCUCAGCUAUUCCCUCCACCAAGGAACUUGUUUGUAUACGUCGUCACGUUUACACUUUUUCUAUUUAUGCAAUAAGUCGGCGUAUUUCUGUUGCCUUCUUGGCCACAUUUAUACUGUACUCGUGACGUCAGGAAUCAUAAGAAGACAUUCUGUAAUUCAAAUUGUAAUAGGCGGACUUCAACAGUUCCAAUAUAAAAAUAAUAAACGAUAAAAAUAUGCACGUAAAUGUGUUUGCAGGAUGAGGCGUCAAAAGCAAGUUGAAUCCAAAUGUAACAAGUCAUUUGUGUAUGAUGUUACACUAGCACAUCUGCCUCAGAGUUCCGAGGUUGCGGGUUCAAGUCCCGGCCCCGCCUGCGCGGAGUUUGCAUGUUCUCCCUGUGCCUCCGUGGCUUUUCUCCGGGUACUCUGCUUUCCUCCCACAUCCCAAAACAUGCACGGUAGGUUGAUUGAAUACUCUAAAUUGCACGUUGGUGUGAAUUGUUGUUUUUUUUAAAUGUCCCCUGCGAUUGGCUGGCGACGAGUUCAGGGCGUACCCCGCCUCUCGCCCGAAGAUAGCUGGGAUUGGCUCCAGCACGCCCGCGACCCGCGUGAAGGUUAAGCGGUACAGAAAAUGGAUGGAUGGCUGGUUACCCUAAUAGCACGAGUGCCUGCAUCGUUUUUUGUUUUUGCAAAACAAUGACACAAAAACUAAUUCAACAAAAAGCCCAGUUGCCUCAAUUCAACUUUUUUAGAUGCCUGAAAAACUAUGCAGACAUAAUGAUAAUAAACAUUUUUCUUCAUCAGUUAAUAAUGACUUAGCCAAUUAUGCUAUCGGGCUAACGAUAUUGUUUACAUUUUCAUUGUGAACAUUUUUAACGGUCAUGUGGAAAAAGUCUGAUUCAAAUAUUUCCAAUCAAACUUUUGCUAGUUUUUUUUGUCCAUUGCAUAAUUAUUAUUAUUAUUUUUUUUUUACGGUAUCCUUGAGGGCAUCGAAAGGUCACAAUCAGUGGCAUUGCGAGGCCUAUUUUAGUCCCCCUGAAUAAGUUGGUGUUUUGAAGUAUAUUUCUGUAACCCCAAAAAGUAUUGACAAAGUCAAUAUAAAGUGGCCAGAAUGUAAAUUGAAAUAAUAAAAUAAUCCUAAUCUGUGAUGAUGAAGAUGGCGGUGUGUGUUCUCGAAUCCGUUCCACUUGUUUCUAUGGAGAACGCCCUCGCCCCGGGAAAUCCAGUCCAGGUUUUCGCCUUUUGCGUUUGUUGUUCCUUGUUUUUGACCUGCUUGGCAAAUAAAGAAGAUUCUGAUUCUGAGAAUGGAUUGAUUAAUGGAUGUAACGGUGGCCUAAAACCCAUAGACACUAUUUUAUCUUUUUUAAAGCCACUGAAAAAUAACAAUUUGUGUUCAGGUGCUGCGUUGACUCAUAUGCUGUGCAUCUCCUGGGGGCUAGGGCACUAAGCCCCCCCCCCCUAAAACCUAGGGACGCCCCCGAUUACAACGAGUU